AUGGCUGAAUCAGCCAAACCUAUGGUCGAGGAAGAUAUCUGGGAGUUUCUCGACACAGAGGACAUGUUUGAACUCGAUCCAACUUCCGUGACCACUGAGCACAAUGUUCUGUCAUUCAUCGAUGGCACCAGCGACCUCAAGGUUGACCUUGAUGGGCAGUUUUCCGUUGUCCAGCAGCAUGGCGACUUGAGCCAGGACGCAACCGUGAACCACAUACUAGAUUUAGAGAACACACUUCUCAAAUCAACCGGGUUGGGGGUCUUGCCACAGUCUUUGGAGUCGCUUGCAACUCCCGAAAAGGCCCAUGACGGCCAACAGGAACUUACAAAUGGGCCAGAUUUUCCAGACCUCAGCCCAGACUUGCAAGAUCGACUGGUGGAAAUCUACUUCCAGAACUUCCACCCGCUAUGUCCAGUUAUAGAUGAGAUCGAAUUUUCGAGUUGGUAUGGCUCCGACCGACUUGACGACAAUCGAGGGAGAGAACUCCUUGGUGCCAUAAAUUUUGUGGCUUUUGCUCAUAGAGCCUGCUUCCGCACCACCAAAUACAUGUUUGACAAAAGUUCUCAAAGUCGGCCUGGAGAUGUAAGUCUGGUUCAGAUUGCACUGCUCCUGAGUCAUUGGAGUCCCUUUGAUGAAUCCAAAGAAGUAAGCACCUACUGGGUUGACCAGGCUUUCCAUCAUGCCACAAUUGCAAAUCUCUCCGAGAGCCCCGAGGAAUACAGCCGUGUCAUCUGGUGGUGCUGUGUCGCACGGACUCGGGCUCUCGCUCUCGGUCUUCGUCGCCCAGACAAGGUCACAUCUUUUGAGCCGGGGCGCAUGAUACAAUCCGAAGACUUUGGGUCUAUAGCUUUCCUGGCCCGAGCGGCGCGCAUGGAUGGGAAGAUUUUCGAGAUUGAAGCUUUCAUCGCUCUCUGCAAAUUGUCAGACCUGAUGUAUCGCAUUCUGCUUCUUCGAAAGAAUUCCGGAAAACUUUCAGACUGGCGGGCAGAAAACCCCUGGCUAUCCAUUUGUAAAGAUGAAUUGAAUUACGUCGUCAGCGUUGACAAGGACCUCCGGGAUUGGGAGAGCUCGCAUCGAGGUUUACUUGCCAAAAACAACAUUAUGGCUCAGACGAGGUCCCAGCUUUUGACGCUCCAGAUAUUGCGAAUUGUUCAUUUAUCAACGUUGAUGUCACUCUAUGAGCCGUAUAUGCGAUGUCCUAUCCAGCAGCGGUCUCCAGCCUUCCUCUUGCACAAAGCAUCAGUAGAAAGAGUGAAAGAAACUUCCUUCGCCAUCGGUGAUGCGGUCCAGCGCUUGUGGGCGGUUGCCAGGGUCGAGGAUCUGCCUGCCUGGUUUCCUUGUUGGAUCACUCUGCCGGUCGCCGUCCUUCUUGUCUGCCUCGGUUGCAGACAUAGGGAGCUUCAACUUGGAGCAAUGCCAGUCUUAGCCCCAAUGAUGGAGGUGCUGAGAAAAAUGCAGUCACGCUUUGAAGGUGGCGACUACGUCGCAAAAAUCAUCGAGAGCAUCGCAAGAACGGUAGACGUCAGGGUGCAUUCCUGGAUGGAGGAGCACGUAAUAUCAUGGUUACCCAAAUGGCUCGAGCGCUCCCCGGAGACGCUCGAAUAUCAGCUGCUAGCCCGUGCAGCGCAGAUGGUACGUUCGAGUUUUGCAGAUGAAACCAUCGCGGUCGAAAUUGUAUGA